CAAUAACAGCCGUUUUGCGUGUUGUGCCGUGACUGGCGAUUGUGUUCGGUGUGAAACAUUCCCGGUGUCACGACCAAGCAGCCGACAAAAGGUGAAAACUCUUGCCGUUUUUGACAUCAUCAGCACGUUAAAAACUGGUGUAGCGGACGUUCACUCAGCGCCGUGUGUGGUGGUGUCACAGCGGCUGUCUAAGCCGUAGGUGAUAUUUUUGUCGGCGACGAAGCUACUACUUAUUCAAUGUCGCUGUUACACGAGCUUGCCUGUGAUGGCGACGCCGAAGCUCUAGAGGAGGCCAUUCGGACGACGGGGCUUGACGUCAACGAUACGGACAUGGAGUGUUCCGGCAAAACGCCGUUACACUGGGCUUGUUAUCUCGGGCGACUUGAAUGUGUGAAGGUUCUUAUUAAAAACAAAGCCAACGUAUCCUCACGAAUGUUCGACGGCAAAACACCGGCACACUGUGCAGCAGAGACGGGACAAAUAGAAUGUCUUCGUGCACUCAUCGCAGCCGGAUUCUCCAGUUUACUAUUUGAUAAUUACAGAGACACGCCGCUAAGAAUAGCAGAAAUUUAUGGACGAAUGAAAUGUGUGAAAUUGCUGAAAAGAGCUGAAGAAGAGGAAAUUGAACGACUGAAAGCACGUCGGUUAUCUCGACUGUUCGCGUUACAUGCCGUCGCCGAGGAAAACGUUGCCACUGAAACGGACAUUGCCAAAGCAAUCAACAUUAAACGUGGAUCAAUUGCCAUGCAGGUUCCAUCAGUGAAUUUUCGUCGGGGGAGUCGAACUUAAAGGAAACAUCAAUGCAAACAACAUAUUGACCCCUAAAGAAAAAGCUUCACAAAUGUAGGAGAAUAUUCUAUGAUGUCAUACGUUGAGGGCGG